AUGGAAAAUUUUACGGAAGCGAGCAUUAAGGAUAUUGCAAUUUCACGCAAGGCAUUUAUGCUGAAAGCAGCUAGAGCAAUAAUAAAAGAGAGCAAUAGAAAUAACUCGAGAACUAUAGAACUCUUGAAGACUAUGCCCAUAUGUUCUUUUAACACUUUAGAAAAAUAUGCCAAAGCAGUAAGAGACCCUGACCCUGUUGCCACAGUAAUGACUAACAUUAAUUUAAAGUAUCCAAUAAUAUGUAAUAAGAGUUGGGCCAAAGACAAUCUAACCGAACAUGAAAAGAAAGAAUAUUUAGGAGCUGAUGAUUAUAGAGUGACAGGAGCCAUAUCUUGCAAAAAGAAUUGA